CAGCCCAAAGACUGUCUCGAAAGCAAUGGUUUAGAUGUGAUAAUAGCCGAUAACCCGACCUCUCAUUUGUGUCAACUCUUGGCGGCACUCAAGUCAUGCACCAAAUCUCUGGACGUCUGUAUGUAUUGUCUCUCAUUUAAGCCAAUCGUGGAGAUCAUAGAAGACCUGAGUGUCAGCCGGAAUAUAAUGAUCCGGAUUAUCACGAAUGGCCACAACCAGAGACACUCACUCGCGAGUGAUGAACGCCAGGGAAUGAGUCGAUUGAGGCGUUUGUUCAAUAGUGGCGUCCAAUUGAAGUUCAUUGUCGUCACCAAUGAUGGCCUAAUGCACCACAAGUUCGCUCUCAUCGAUGAUUGUCUGCUAAUCAAUGGUUCACUCAAUUGGACCGAAAAUGCAAUCUUCCACUCGUAUAACGAUUGUGUCAUUACAGCUGAUCCCAGACUUGUGUAUAGUUUUAGUCGACAAUUCAAUCACUUCUGGUCUCUCGACUCGUGA